AUGGCGCUCUGGACGUUCGACGAACCGACCCGUACCUGGUACGGACGCCGCCAGACACCGAUCUACAAUCCGGACGCGAGCAUUGGCCAGGUCCUGAACGAUGCGCUGCUCCGGUCCCGGGACAACAUCGUGCAGAUCGACAUGGACACCGGCGCCCGGAUGACUUGCGGUGAGUUCCGGUCGCGAAUGGUCCGAGCCGUGCAGAAUCUUACGACGGCCGGCCUCAAACCUGGCGACGUAGCGGUGAUGGCAAACAACAACAGCGAGAACGUGGGUCCGUUGGCGUGCGCGUUGAUCACUCUCGGAGCGCAACUAAACCCGCUGGCGCCCGGAUUCGGCCACCAGGAUAUGGUCCACAUGUUGCGUCUGACGCGCCCGAAGAUUAUCUUCUGUGACGACAACAACCUGGAGGUGGUGCAGGGUGCCGCGAAGGAAGCGAUCCCGGACCAGAAUCCACCGCUGUAUGUGGUUGCGAGCAGGCGCGAUGUCGCUGGCGUUCACCACGCCGAGGAUCUUUUGGUUCGUACUGGGCGCGAGGAUAAGUUCCGACCGUGGCAGGUGGAGGACUCCCGGCGGACCGUCGCCGUUAUCCUGUGCUCGUCCGGUACGACGGGCCCACCGAAGGGCGUGUGCAUGUCGCAUGCGCAACUUAUCCGCGGCCUGGCCAGCUUCUUCGUGCCGCAGUCGGAGAUUUCGUUCAACUUCAGUCCACUGUACUGGGCCACGGGCAUGUUCACGUUGCUUGGGUCGGUCGUGGGAUCUACCACGCGGCUCGUGACGUGUCGCCCGUUCUCGCCCGAGACGUUCUUCGAGGCGGUCGAGCAGUACCGGGCGUCCUUCCUGUUCCUGGCGCCGUCCUACGCGAGCGAGGUGUUGCGAAGCGAGCGCAUCGACCGGGUGGACUUCUCGAGCGUGCACAUCCUGACGCUCGGUGGGAGCUACGUGUCCGACGGGCUACGUGAUCGGUUGGAUCGGUUGCUGCCGAACGGACGGACCUACAACGGGGUCGGUUCGUCCGAGGCCGGCGGGGUAGCUACUGACAUCGGGGUCCCGCGAAAGCGAGGCGCCAUCGGUACACCGGCGACCAACAUGGCGAUCCGGAUUGUGGACGAGUCCGGGCGGGCGCUGGGCGUCGGUGAGCGGGGUGAGGUGUUGGCGAAGUUCUUCGAGCCCUUCGUCGGGUACUACAACAACCCGGAGGCAACGCGGGCCGUCAUCGACGAGAAUGGUUUCACGAGGUCCGGGGACGUAGCGUACAUCGACGAGGAAGGCUACCUGUUUUUGGUCGACCGAGCGAAGGACAUCUUCAAGUACCGUGGGUUCCACGUGUCGCCGACGGAACUGGAGGCGAUCGUGGAGAAGCUGCCGGGGGUUGCGGCGGUCUGCGUUGUCGGUAUACCGGCGGAUGCCGACCGGACGACGGAACUGCCGGCGGCUGUCAUCGUUCGGAGCCCGGGUUCAUUGCUCAGCGCACGGGAAGUGAUCGAUGCGGUCGAGGCGCAAGUGUCGGACUUUAAGCGGCUGCGCGGUGGAGUCCAUUUCGUCGAUGCGCUCCCGAAAACGCUGAACGGGAAGGUGCUGCGCCGACGUGUGCUGGAGAUGGUUCAGACCCAGAAACAGAGCAGCUAA